CGGAAGCGCAUGCGCGUGAGCGCGAAUUGGGUGCAAAGGUGGAGAAGAAUCCAGAGAAAACAAUACGGUUGGAAGGGAUGUUAAGUCAUUUUAUAUUGAAGUCACUUAGUACACUUAAAUAUUUUCUAAUUUAGAAUUAAGUCGUAUCUUAUAUAUAAAUAUAUUCACUACAAUGUAUAGAAAAGACACAAUUGGACCGGAGUACUUCCGCUAUCGUAAUGAUGCACGCCUCAUGCGGACUCGCGAAGCAAUGGUAGAUUUUGUUUAUAGUAGACCCUCGAACCACUCCUUAGAUGCCCUAAGUUUUGGCUGUGGAUUUGUUCCAGAACUGGACCGCUUCGCCUCUCAUUUGACACCUUAUAUGUCAUCAGAUGAUGAAGAUUAUGAUGAUUUUGAUAAAUAUGGUGUCCGUACAAACAACAGAUACUGUGGCUUUGCUCACAACUUCCUUGAGAGAGGCCUGCCAAAACCCUACAAACACAUAACACCAGAGGAAGCAGAAAGAAAUACUAAAGAACUGGUGGAUGAAGAAGAGAAACUUAAGAAAAAAGCGGAGAAGAAAAAGCAGAAAAAAAUGAGACAGAAGGAGAGACGUCGGCAGGAAAAAUUAGAGAAGGAAAAUGCAGAUAAUGAAAAAAAUAAACCGGUACACGUUGACCCUGGAUCACAAAAGAAUAAACAUGCAGAUAAAGAUAAAAAUAAAAUGAAAAACAAUAAAUGUUCAUCUGCAUCUCCUGGCCCUCAAUGCACCUCAGCACCUGUGCAAAGCAGUGAUAGCAGUGAUGGUGAGGAAAGCGAAGAAGAGGAUGUCUCAAAUAUUGAACCAGAGGAGCUUGACAUGAAUAGCUGCUUUGUAUCAAACGCAGCAGCCAUCGCCAAGCGCAAACUGGAACAAAAGCCCAAACCUGACAAGAAAGAAAAGAAAGCUACUCCAGCAAACUCCAGUAAACAGCAUGGGUCAGAGGAGAAAGGUGCCACUGUGCCACAAAAACAGAUUGAUAACAAUGUGGAGGUGGAGUCUGCGGAGGCAGUCAGUGCAAAUGAUUUUAUUACAAAAAGCGUGGAGCUGGCAGUUUUGGGUAACCAAUAUGCUGCUUCAGGAAACCUAGAGAUGGCUGUGAAAUAUUUUACAGAUGCUAUAAAACACAACCCUAAAGAGUAUAAGUUAUUUGGGAAUCGCUCUUUCUGCUAUGAAAAGAUGCUGCAGUAUGAAAAAGCUUUAACAGAUGCUGAUAUUGCUCUUUCUAUGAAUCCCAAAUGGAUUAAAGGACUUUACAGAAAAGGCAAAGCGCUGGUUGGGCUAAAGAGGUAUUUUGAAGCCAGACUUACCUAUAAUGAAGUCUUAAAGCUGGACAGCACAUGUAAGGAUGCAGCUGAGGAGUUGAUGAGGGUGCAGCUCAUCCAGCUUAUGGAAAUGGGAUUCACUAGAGAGCAGAGUUCAAAUGCCCUUAUUCUUCAUGGAACUGUAGAAAAAGCCUUUGAAGGACUCUCUGUAGUACCAGGUUUAGCCCCUGUUCUUGUGCCCAGAGAAAAUGAGUUUAUGUCUCGAGAAAGAAACCCACAACCUCCAGCUAAAUUCCCUCUCAGACCUCUUCCUCAGUAUCAGCAUAGACCCAAUACCCCAGCAACUGCUCCAGUUACUUAUCCUCUAGAGCUAUUCCCUGUCUGGGUCGGAAAUCUGGUGCCUUCUAUAACAGAGGGAAGGAUUUAUGCAUUAUUUAAAUCUGUUGGACCAGUCCAUAGUGCAAAAGUGUUACCGGCAAGACGCUGUGCGUUUGUUAACUACACCAAAAAGGAGGAUUGUGAGACAGCUAUCCGAGAUUUCCAUGGUCAUGCUAUUGAUGGAACAACUCUAGUGGUGCGUUAUCCAGAUAGGAUACACACACGACUUGGCGUGUCCAGAGAUGCAUCUACAGAGUCCCCAGGCAAGGCUGGCAAACAAUCUGAUGAAUGCUAUUUUUGGAGGACAACUGGCUGCAUUAAGAAGGAUCGCUGCACUUUCCCGCAUAUACCAGAAAACAAGGGCAUUGACAGACAUAAAGGGGAAUCACAACCCUGAUACAGAGCAUACAGAAAGGGAUUUAUCCUAAAAACACAUCACAAAAACAUACUGUAAUUGUUUAGAUACAGAAAAAAUUACACACGUGCCUAAAACACCCUGUGAGGCAGUGGUCAUUUUUGGUUCUUCCGAAUGCUUCAUUUAUUUUUCUAUUUGUUGAAAUAUCGAUUACUAUCAGUCUAUAAACAUGUUAUUAAGUGUUUUGAGUUGGACAACAGGUAUGAGGCUGUGAUUAACCAGCUCCUUUUCCUUUCUGUGAAGUAUUCCUUUUAUUACAAGUAUUUUUUUUUUUUUAUGUUUUGCAUAUCUGCAAUGUGAAGCUUCAUAUUAUGUUUAAGGCUGUCAAAAUUUGAAUGGUCAGUGAAGGUUCACUGCAGAUGUAAAAGAAAAAUAGCUAUUGGAAAGAAAUGAGCUAAGCCCUUAUGAUAAAUAAUGGCUUACUAUGACCUUGUCUGAUGGUUUGAAACCAGAAGUAUUGUUAGCCUCAAAGGGAUUCCAACCAAUAGGUCUUAACUUUGUCAUGUCAAAGCAGAAAUGGGAUGAGUUUAUUAAGUAUCUUAUUAAAAUCAUGUGCUACUUGUGCAGUAGAAAUGAUCUGCAGUAAACAAAGUCAUACCAUCUUGAGUAAAGAUUUGCAUUCAGUUGUAAUUUUAUACCAAUGCCAUGCUCUCUAAAAAGGUACACUGACACAUUUUCUUUUUUUUUUUUAAGCUUUUUAUUUAAUGAAGUGUAUAUUUUUCUCCAACUGCAGUGAAUUCCAAAUCAAUUUUACACCCUUGAAGGACACUGGGUCCUUCAUGAAGGUUCCUUCCACAGACUAGCCACUUUAAAACCUGGUUUUUAUUCAUAGUAAUUUUGAAGUUUAUUAUCAUGUGAUUCUCGCAAUUCAUUUUGAAGUAUGUUGGAUUUCACCUGAGAUUGCAGAACCCUAAAUUGCGCUUAAGGACUAGAAAAUGUAGCUUACAUUUUUCCCUUCUCUUUUACAAACACUACACAGAGAAACGGUUCACAAUUUGAAAUAACACAAGUAGGCCAUAUUUGAUGUGAAAUGUUUGGAGGUGAGUGGAUUGCCUUUCCAGUUAAUACACACGACAAGGCACAAACAUGUUUUAGCAAUUAUGUAAUAAAAACUUGAACGCAUACACUGUCCACAUCAGAAAUUAGAAAGAGCGGUUUGAGCAUAAUGGACUUAAAUGAAACUAAAAUGAUGUUACAUCCAUAAACUAGUUAAGUCACACAUGCAAGUUUCAGACAUUUAAAAGAGAUAAUUCACCCAUAAAUUACAAUUCUUCAUUUACUCACCCUCGUGCCAUCCCAAAUGUGUAUGACUUACUUUCUUCUGCAGAACACUUUCUUUUUUUUUUUUUUUUAAAGGAUAAUUCAACUCUGUUGGUCCUCACAAU